UUCUAUCAUCACGGUAAUAUUCAUAAUGUCGGGAUUCUUGCCGUCUGCUGAAACCUUCGCAAAGGGGGCAUUCGCUACCGCAGCGACGGUAACAGCAACGGCGGCAGCGCUGCUGUACUACGGGCAGAAUUAUCUCAUCUAUCCGUCGGCGUACAUUAGUCUCGGUCCAGAAGCGGAUAUUGUAGAGUCCCCAAGUUCGUUCGGACUACACUACGAGGAUGUUGACUUGAAGACAUCUGACGGGGUCACCUUGCGUUGCUACCUCCUCCCGCAGAAGAAGGAACUCCCACGGCCAACACGCUUCUCGACGAUACCCAUUACACCGCUCAAUUAUUCGGAGACGGAGACGGAUGAGGAGUUUAUGGCCCGUCGGCCAACGGUAAUCAUGUUUCACGGGAAUGGCGGCAACUUGGGACACAGAAUACCGCUGGGGAUGAUGUUUCAACUCCUUAUGCGGUGUAAUGUCUUGAUGGUCUCGUAUCGUGGGUAUGGAAAAUCCGAUGGCUCACCCUCAGAGAAAGGCUUCCAGAAAGACGCACAAGCCGCAUUGGAUUACCUUACGUCUGACCCCCGGUUUUCGAAGACGCGAAUUUUCGUAUACGGGCAAUCCAUCGGCGGAGCUGUAGCUAUCGACCUCGUCAGCCGGAACCCAAGCAAGAUCUUCGCUCUUAUUCUGGAAAACACCUUUACCUCUCUCCCUGAACUGGUCCCGCACGUCCUACCCAUCCUCGGCCCGUUCACAUUUUUGUGUCACCAAAAGUGGAAUUCGGCUUCGAAGGUCCCGCUGAUUCCGGCGAGGACGCCUGUGCUGCUGUUAAGCGGAUCUGCGGAUACACUGGUCCCUCCAGAGCAUAUGCGAGCGUUGAGGGAGUUGAUGCGCAAGCGGGGAGAGGACGAGGUGUCUAGAUGGGAGGAGUUCCCUGGUGGUCAGCAUAAUGAUACUUCGGCACAGCGCGGGUACUGGCAUGCCGUUGAUGAUUUCGUAACGAGCCUUGUUCUCGCUUCUGAAAAGGAGAAGGCUCCAUUGUAGAAUGGGUGUUUAAAUGUAAUGUACUACUUGGUUCUUGCUGUUAUUGUAAUUUAGUUCGUUAUGGAGGAGCUCCCAGGCGGGAAGGUAACUAUGCUGUUACAUGAGAAG